AUGUCAUCUUUCUCCAGUACAAACGUCUCCUCUUCCUCAUCCACUUCUGUAAGUGAUAAUGAAAGCAAAAUAAACCUCUUACUCAGCACCAGCUCCUCCGACCUGCCCUCGAGGCCACAAGCUGAAGAUUUCACCAAGGAGCUGACCUGCCCUCUGUGCCUGGAAUGGUUUAAGGAGCCGGUGAUUUUGCCUUGUGGCCACAACUUCUGCAGACCCUGUAUUGAGGAAAUCCGGGGCAGGGCGGAGGUCUGCCUGUGCCCAGAGUGCCAAGCACAGUCCCCAGACAGGCAGUACAUAGGGAACAUAGUGCUGGAAAAACUAGUGGAAAAGAUCAAGGGCUUUCAUGUAGGGAAAUGCCAGCAGAAAUGCAGCAAACAUGGUGAGCCUCUCAAGCUCUUCUGGAAGAUGGAUGGGAAACUGGCCUGCUUUCUCUGCAGAGAUGUCCAGAAGCCUGAAGAUCAAAGCUCCCAAUUCCUACUCCUCCCAGACGCUGUGCAGCUCUAUGCGGAAAAGCUGAUCUCCACCAGAACUCAGUUGGAGGCCACCGUGCAGGAACUAAAGACUCUGAAGAAUGCCCAGCAAGAGAAGAUCUCUUGUCACAAAGAGAACAAAUUUCAUCUUCAGCACCACAUCUCCUUAGAGUUUCUGAAACUCCACCAGUUCCUUCAUGGAAGGGAGAAAAGAUUAAUGAAUGAGCUGCAAGAGGAGGGGAAAAUCCUCCUCCAAGAAAUGGAGGCCAAUCUAAACAAGCUCCAGGAAAAGUGGCAGCGAGCCAAGGAGACAGUGUUACGCAUUCAGUCCCGGCUCUACCAGCACAGUUCUAUCGACUUCCUUACAGGCAUAAAAACCUUCAUGGAACACUUAGAGCAAAAAGCAGGCACCUUAUCUCUGGGUGCACUUGUCUGUCGUGAAAUGAGCCUGGGACAGUUCAAGGGUCCAAUUCAGUACAACGCAUGGAAGGAAAUGAAAUCCAUCCUCGGACCAGGUCUUUCUUUGGUGACUCUGGACCCAAAGACAGCGCAUCCAAACCUCGUUCUCUCUGAAGAUCUGCGCUGUGUGAGACACGAUGACACAAAGCAGAUGCUCCCAGAUAACCCAGAGAGGUUUGAUUCCAGUGUUGCUGUCCUGGGAUCUGAAGGAUUCACUUCAGGGAAACAUUAUUGGGAAGUGGAGGUGGAGAACAAGACCAAAUGGACUUUGGGAGUGGUCAAAGAGUCCAUCAACCGGAAAGGGAACAACACAUUAUCACCCAGGGAUGGAUACUGGCUUAUAAGGCUCAGGAAUAGGAAUAAGUUUAAAGCUUUGGAUAUACCUGCGAGAGGUCUGACCCUGAGCACUAGCCUGUCUAGGAUUGGGGUGUACCUGGACUAUGAGGGGGGACAGGUGUCCUUUUAUGAUGCUAAUAAGAUGUCCCAUAUCUACACUUUCAUGGACACUUUCACAGAAAAGCUUUACCCGUAUUUCUGUCCCUGCUUGAAUGACUCCAGUGAGAACAGCGAACCCCUGAAAAUCUUCUUCAACAUGUAG